UGACACAUGAAACAUGAACACCCAGAAUUUUAUUCUGUGUGUGGCUUUCUCUCUUUUCAGUCCAGUUUUCUCAGAUGACAAUUUUUACCAAGUGAGAGGAUGCUGUACAGUCCAUGGCCCACACUUUGAAGAUACAGAAUAUACACUAACUUUUAUGUUUAACCUGAACUAUAUGAUGGAGUACAACAGCACAAGAGGCAACUGGAGGGGAUUCACAAACUUUUCAAUUGAUAAGUCGAAAUGGUGGAACAGUGAUCCCUACGAUGCAGGACAGAGAGCUCUUGAAAGGAAGCUGUUGUGUACAGGCACCUUAAAUGCCAUCCCAGUCUUAGAUAAUCUUACAAGCAUACCCACCAUCAAAGUAAAAUCAGUGAAAAGCCCAAAUGGUAGACACCCGUCCAUGCUUGUGUGCAGCGCCUACGACUUUUAUCCCAAACAAAUCAGAAUGACAUGGAUGAGGAACGGACAGGAGGUGACCACAGACGUCAGUUACACUGAAGUGAUGCCUGAUGGGGACUGGUACUACCAGGCUCAUGCUUACCUGGAGUACACCCCAACUUCAGCAGAAACCAUUACCUGCAUGGUUGAACACCUCGGUCUCUCCGAGCCGAUGUCUGUGGUCUGGGACCCCUCCCUUCCAGCGGCAGAACAAACUCAGAUUGUUGUUGGACUGUGUGGACUCAUCAUUGGUUUUGUUAUUGCGAUCUCUGGAUUCAUCUACUACAAGAAGAAGUCAGCUGCAUACAUUACUGUCUGUCAAAGACAAGUGUUCAUUGCUGUGGAAACACUUCCUGAAGCUGGAGAGACUGAACAGCCUGAAUGAGCAUUAUUAUUAUGGGCACUCAUCAUCCAAGAUGCCUCAAAUAUCACAGUUCUAUGUAUAAGUUUUGUUGAGUGAUGGCUGCUCUGGGUGGUGGAGCUUUGCAUCUUGCAGUUAUGGGGCACAUUUGUAAUAUAUGUAGUUUGGAGCCGCAUUGUGGCUGGACUUUUAAUUGACAAUGUGUUUGCAGUAAUAUAGUAAUUAUAGUAGUGUGUUCAUCUCAACAUAAAAUCUUGUUAAUGACUGUUCAGCAGCAAAGCAGAAAGAAAUCAUGAUCGUAUUUCACUCUUAUUUUGCUUAAAACAUGCUUGUUGUUGCCCCUCUCUGUCUCAGUCACUGCUUGAAUUAAAUAAUUAGUAGGAUAAUCCUUUCACCCAGUCUCCGUCUGGGUGCUGAACUGGUCGGCCAGCAUUCCAGACGGUUCAACAGCUGAAAACAUUUGAUUUCCUGAAGCUUCUUUGCAGGUUGAACCUGAUCACAAGGCAGCUAACAGCUAGCAACUAAUCUUCCUCUAAAAUGCUUCAGGUGUGUGUGAAGAGUGAGUAGGAGGAGCAAUGAAGGUACCCGUCUGUUUCAGGCAGGUGCCAACAUGAAUGUGAAGACUGUAUUGCCAUAGUUUCACGAGAGAUUUUUCCAUCAUAGGUUAAAAUUUUCCAGGUGAGGUCAAAUCAAAUCUUUUGUCCAGUCUCUCUUCCCUCAGCCCCAAAGUUUUAUUUUAUUUAUUUAUUUUUUUGUGGAAGCCACACAUGAUUGAUUAAGAUGUGUGGCAGAAUAGCUGUGUCCAAAUUCCGCAUCCUUCGAAGGACCCGUCCUACGCAGACUGGGUCCUUGAAUAAAUAGAUAAUGGGUAAAAGAAACAAAAUAAGUGAAGUGAUAAGAGUUGAAAUGGGUGAGAAAAGGAUUGUGAGAGAUACUGGAAAUGUAAAACUGCCCUAUAGCAUUAGGCUAUUGAUCAAAUUUAUUGAUUUAUUAAAACCAAGAAGUGUGUUUAGUUGGAAACUUUUCUACUGAAUAGAAAUAACUCCUGUAAUCCGCAGCAUGAAGUAUGGUGCGUGGGAAUUGGCUUUUAUACCAUGAAAGAUGAGGAGUAGUGAUGUUUGUGCAGCAAAGUCUAAAGAGUUUUGUCUACUCUAGAGUCGCACCAUAAAUGGUGGUGUGCUGAAACCAUUGCAGACAUUAAUAGAGCUAAUCUAUAUGUCAGGCUUGACCUGGAGCAUGAGGCCGGAUUAAAGACUUAAGAAUAAUGACUUGCUUGUUUGACAGACUCAUGGCUGUCUUUCAGAUAAAAUUGAACAUAACCAAUAUUUCGGGCGAUCUUUCAUGGUAUACAUUGGCAGAAAAUAAAAAUUGUAACAAAAGUCCCCGCAUAUGCAUGUGUGUACUUUUCUGAUAUAUUUAAUACAUUUAAUACAUUAAAUG